UAAAGGCAUGACAAGACAAACGGCCACAGUCAUGUGACACAGGUAACUGAGGGAGAGCUACAUGGAAAUGCAGAAGCUGAAAACAAGAAAAGGUAUUUUCUUUUUUCUCCUGACACCAUGUGCCUGCAGGGAUGGAAGGCCUGCUGUGACAACACUGGGAAGAAGAGGCUGAUGUCAAUGACCUGUGGACUGUGACUUCACCGAGUGAUGGAUUGUGACCUCACUUUCCUCUCUGCUUAUCUUGGGGUGACUGGGAGUCUGAAUGCCUUUUGUACUGUCACCCAGGGGCAGAGGCUGAUGUCACCGAGCAGUAGACUGUGACAUCACGGGGAGAUGCAUUAUGACACUGCUUACAUUGAGAUAUUGGCAGAGCCUUCAUCAAUCUGGCUCCAGCCUGAACUUCUACCAAGCAAGACUGUGAGUCCAAGAGGAUCAAACCAGGCUUCUCCAGUGAGGACUGGUGCCUGCCACUGGCAGAUAUUGGUGCAGACCUGGAGCAGUCUUAACUAGUGUUUCCCUGGCCCUGCCUGGUUCAGGCAGCCAGGCACUGCAGUGUGCUGCAGGACACAAAAAUGGCCACGGAGACAGACGGCAACUGCCCCAUUUGCCAGGACACUUGGAAGGACGUGGCUUCUGCUCUACCCUGUCACCACCGGUUCUGUCUGGGCUGUAUCCUGCGGUGGGCUCAGAGAAACCCAGUGUGCCCACUCUGCAGAAAAACAAUAGAGACCAUCCGGUUUUCUGACUAUGGAGAAGGAGACUAUCUGGAGACAGCCAUCACAGCCCCUGAGGAGCUGCCAGAUGGCAGCAGCAUGGCAGGGAGAGCUCCUGACACCCUGGCUGAGAACAGUCCCCAUCCCCCUGGGACAUCCCGUUCAUUUUCUCCACAGGAGACACUGUCCCAAGUAGAGCAGGAGGGUUCAGGUAGUAUCCUGCCAGAGGACUGGGCAGAACUUUUCCGUCAACAAGAGCAUCUCCUGGACCCUGUGCGGCCCUGGCUACGCCAGAGGCUGGAGGGAAUAUACCGGGGCUGGUGGUGGGUGGUAGAGACCAUAGAGAGCACCAUCCUGCAUGGCCUCUGCGUCUAUGGGCUGAAUGCAGAGGUCUUGAUUGAAGUGCUGGAGCUUCUCCUCCAGGAACACGCAGCACCACUGAUCCACAGUGCCAUCAACAUCAUUGUGGGCCAGUGCAGUGAGGAGGCCCAGAGACUGAUGUGCUCUGGUGCAGUCAGAGAUGAGAACAAUGGCCCUAUGGCCACAGCCAGCUUCAGCUCCAGCAGCUACAGCUACUCCAGGAGCUCCAGCUUCAGCAGCUCCAGCUCCAGCAGUUCCCAGAAGGGGACUCCUGCCAGCAGCCUCACAGGCUCUGACAUGGAGGAGGAACCUGCUACAUCAGAGGCCUCCCUCCUGCCCAGGGCAGCAGCCACAGCCCCUCCGCUCCCAUCCAGGGCAGGGAGUGAUUGCCCGGGGAAUCCCAGCACCCCCCAGACAGGAGGGCCCCCAGCUCCCAGGACUCUCUGCAACCCUGCAAGAGACCGCCCCACUGGCGGUGCUGGCAGGGCUCUUGCAAUUCUUUAUUCAAGGAAAAGGAAAUAA